AUGAUUUUCUGCGUAUCGUCCAGUUUACAUUUACGUGCGUACAUCAUCCAAUUUGCCAUAAAUCAAUUACCUUUUACUCAGAAAUUUCCAGAAGAAUUAAAAAAGUGCUUGUCUGAUGAAAAAUGUAAAUCUCAGGAAAUCAGUGUAAAUCCACUACCUUGUUGGGGAUAUGAAGAAAAUUGUCAUAGAAACCUGGUAUAUUCGCAACCAGUAUGUACAGAAAAUGAUGGAAUUCAUCAACAUUUUAAGAAAAAUAAAACAUCUAUAUUUUACAACCAAGGAGAUUUUGGUUAUAUUAAAAGCCAAAGAGAGAGUAUAAGAGUGAUAUGUGAGCCCAAAUUCAAGGAAGAUACUGCAUUAGAAUGCAGUGAUCAUCUUCAGUUUUGCCGAGGAAGAAAUUUAUUUAUGAAUUUUUCAUCGCUUUCAACAAUUAAAGAGCCAUUCCGAUAUAAAAUGGAUGUGUUUUCUUACGGAGAUAUCGGUGGCUAUUGCGAACUUCAUAAAAAACGACUUUCAAGCUUAGUUGAUCAUUUGAGUCCUUUGCAAUCUUGGGCACCAGAAAUAAGAUUUUUUAAACAAUUCGAUGAAAGACCAAUUGUAAAUAAUUUAUGCGACAUUAUUAUUAUGAAGCCAACAUUUAUAAUGAAAAUAGAUGCCACAGUAAAUAUGUAUCAUCAUUUUUGUGAUUUUUUUAAUUUAUAUGCAUCGUUACAUGUCAACAUGUCACAUCCUCUGACAUUUUCUACUGACAUAAAUAUCAUUAUUUGGGAAACAUUUCCUUAUCAUUCAAACUUUGAUGAAAUGUGGAGAGUGUUUUCAAAUAAUCCAAUUUUGACUUUAAGAAAUUUUAUUGGAAAAACAGUUUGUUUCAAAAAUGUUGUAUUUCCACUUCUACCCAGAAUGAUAUUUGGUUUAUAUUAUAAUACUCCUCUUAUUAGCGGUUGUAAAAAGAGCGGUCUUUUCAAAGCUUUUUCUGAAUUUGUUUUACACAGAUUGAAAAUUAAAGAACAUGAGCGUGAAAAUUCGCAAAUUAAAAUUACUUUACUUUCUCGUGAAACAUCUUUUAGAAAUAUAUUAAACGAAAAAGAUCUUAUUAAUUCACUUUCUCAAAAUAAAAGCUACAAUGUUAAAAAAACUGUUUUUAACAAAAAUAUGCGUUUUUCUAGUCAGUUGGAAAUAAUAAGAAACACUGAUAUUUUAAUUGGUAUGCAUGGAGCUGGACUCACUCACCUAUUAUUUUUACCCGACUGGGCUGGAGUUUUUGAACUGUACAAUUGCGAAGACGAAAAUUGUUACAUGGAUCUUGCUAGAUUAAGAGGAGUAGAAUACAUUACUUGGGAAGAUAAAAAUAAGCUUUUUAAAGAAGAUGAAGGACAUCAUCCUCAAGGAGGUGCUCAUGCCAAGUUUACAAAUUAUGCAUUUGAUGUUGAUGAAUUUUUGCGUUUGGUUGACAAACUUGUUUCACGUGUAAUACAUCAUGAAAAAUUUUUAAAGAAAAUCACUUUAGUUCAAAGGCAUGAAGAACUAUAA